AUGGGAACACCAUCACCUCAACUGGUGUUAUGUCGGUAUAGACAGCAGCUAGGCUGUACACGGUUUCACAGAGGGGACUAUACAGUCGAUGUCUGCAUCAAUGAUUACCUUGAUAUCUACUGCCCCCACUAUGAUGCCUCCGUGCCAGAGGAGAAGACAGAGAGCUACAUUCUGUACAUGGUGAAUUUUGAUGGCUACAGGAGCUGUGACCACAAGAACAAUGGCUUCAAGCGUUGGGAAUGCAAUAGGCCGCGCACACCAAACGGCCCACUGAAGUUCUCCGAGAAGUUCCAACUCUUCACGCCGUUUUCUCUGGGCUUUGAGUUUCGACCCGGAAAUGAGUAUUUUUAUAUAUCUUCACCUCACCCUAAUAUUGUUGGGAAACCCUGCUUAAAGUUAAAAGUAUAUGUCCGACCAACAAACAGUUGUAUGGAAGCAGUAGGGGUGAAUGAAGGUGAUUUCGAUGUAAACAACAGUUCAGUUGAAGCUUCAGAUGAUUCUAUAUAUGAAUCGCCUGAACCGUAUCACAAUAACAAUGGGAUCACGACCUUUAGGAUUUCUUGGUUCAUUGUAGCAGCAGCUCUCCUCCUGUUAUUUCUCACAUCAUAGCACAUAAACAAGAAGAGAAUGAAAGAAGUGAUUUCUACAUAAGUGACUGAAACCAAAAUGGUGGCAGCAGUGGAAUUGACAUGGUUCACACGGAAGAGACUCCAUUUUCUGAGAAACUUUGCCGUCAACACAAAUUAUUCGAGGGACAGAUAUGCUCCAUUACUGCUUUCCAAGACUGGGAACUCUCAUUUUCUUGUGAAGCACUGCCUUGGGCCCCCUUGGGUUUGAUAUAAAGUACCCAAGUAUAGCAACAAGUAUCUCCAUGGAGGUCUCCAGACGCAAGUUUUCUCAAAUGGAAUCUAUGUUGGUGCAACCCUUCAUUCCAUUGAUAAGCCAAGACUCAAGUAGGAUGAAGCCUAGAUGACUUCUGGGAAUUUCGGUCAUCCACACCAUUUCCCCCCUUCCCCCAAACAUCCCCUUUAACAGCAACUUCUUUACACCAUUCGCCAUGUAGGCAGCCACAAAUUUACACCAUUCAUUGCUAGUUCCUGCUUUCAGUUUUCUUUUUGUUCUGUAAAUGAAUUGA